AUGCCAUCCUUUUCCUCCUCCUCAUCAAUUCGUGCUGCUUCUGAACAAUGUCUAUUGAACGUAAAAAUUGUGCACAAGCUUUAUCAUGGCUCUCCCUCCAACGUUUUUCAUAAAGUCAAGGGCAGACUACCAAAAGAAUUGGACGUUCUCCUACUUUCAGAUUUGAUUUUUUCUAUUUCAGGUUCUCUAGACGGCCAGACUGUCCCUGCGGAUGCAAUCGCGCACUCUGCCUUGAUGCGCUACCUCCGCAAUGAUCUUAACGAAGCACGUAUCGAAGCCACCUUUUUCCGUUUCAUUGAUCUUGGUUUAAACACCAUUUCUGACGCAUACAUUGACGACGACGACGGCCAUGCUAAAAGUGAGCUCUUUGACUGUGCAUCAUCUGUCAACGCACAAUUUCCCCCUGCAGUCACCCUGACGCCAUCGCGGUCCCUAUCCCACACAUCCCGCCCACAUGCUAUUCUCGUGGCAGUGGAUCUAUGCUAUAUUUGGAAAACCGCAGUUGUUCGCAGAGACUCCACAAACCUUCUCAGUGAUGCCAGCCCAUUCGCAGAAAAUCUGUACCUACCCUUUGAGCUUCUCCUCAAGCGCGUCACAGAGCAGCUUUUCAAUCAGCUUGUGGGACGCUAUCCUCUUAUCUUUGGGACGUGGUGCAGAAGACUCGACAUGGAGUCCAAGUACUUUCAUUCUGUCGCACAGUCCAUCCUUGAAAUCAUGCAGCGAUCUCCCAAUCCCCAUUUUGUAGCACGUUGUAAGCGACUAAUUAAGACUGCACGCCAUCGCCAUCAGUCUGUGCUCCAGGCCUCCGCGGCAGCCCUUUCCUUGUGUCUUGCCUCCCGCGACUCAGACAACUCGGAUAAUGGCGAGGAAAUACAUGUUUCGAAACUCACACCAGAGGCCGUAUUGUGCGAGUCAUUGGAGCAGAUAUUUAGAGCGGGGGUACCUCAGACCCGCUUUAAGGUCAUCGCCGCACGCUCGACUCUAUUGACUUCCUCAGCUGGGGAUGUCAAUCAACUAAUUGAGGAUGACACCAUUUUCAACAGUGCGGAAAUAGAUCUCCCUCUAGUUUGGCCCAAUCUCCCUGAUAUCCACAUGGAUAACGCCGUUCCGGUUAUUGAUAUCCAGCAGACCGUGCCGAACGACAUGGAUGAUCCUUUAGAGGACUGGCCUGAAGAAGCAUUACCCUGGUCCACGUUUCCUGGCGCAAGGACCACGCAUUCGGACGAUUCUCUUAUCGAUGGCCUAGGCUCCUCAUCUCAACCACGUAGCACUACACCCCCUUUGGCAUGGUCCUAUUUAACUGAAAGUGAAGACGAUAGCUUCGUGCUGGAUCUAGAACUUGAUCACGAGCAAGAGGAUGCGAAGAUGGAAGAUGCCGGUUUCGAACGUGUUAUGUUUCAGUCAAGUUAUCGCGCAAAGUCUGGACACCAGGAACAACCUGGAGGUAUAGAGGAGUUUGACGUGCUUGUUGAUGAAGAAUGGACCUGCGAGGACGAGUUGUUUUUCGAUCCGGCCGACGUAUUCGAUGACUCAGGUGGUCUUUGUGUUGAAGAUGAGACUGGAUCCACCACUGUUUCACAAGUUCCGGACGGAGGUCCUCAUCAAGACAUCUUACAGGAGAGCGAUACCGCGGAUCAAGCAUACGGUUUUGACACACACUUUGGCAUGGAAGGUCAGGUGGUCCAGGGUAGCGCAGAUGACUGUUUUACUGAUGUCUGGGAUCUAUAA